AUGAGGGGAGAGCAGCCAGCAGCAGAGCAGAGGAACUGGGGAAGUUCAAGAGCAGACAACAGAGGAAUUGAGGAAGAAGAAGCAGACAGCAGAGGAAAGAACCGGACCGGCUGGAGCAGAGGAUUUCCGCUUGGGACCGGCUGGAGCAGAGGAUUUCCGCUUGGCUGGAGGAGGCAGCAGAGGAAAGAACCGGACCGGACUGGCGCUUGCCGCUUGGCUGGAGGAGGCGGCGGCCCGGCGCACCGGCUGGAGGAGGCGGCGGCGCGACGAGUGGAGGACUGGAGGUGGAGGAGAGGCGGCGGCGCGACGAGUCCAGUUGGAGGAGAGGCGGCGCGGCACUGGAAAGGCUUUAUUCGCGCGCUGCGCGCGAUUGUAAACCCAAAACUACGCGCGCAGAGGCGCCAGCCGCCAGCCCUAAAACAAUUCCGCGGCGUCCGUGGCGAAUUUUGGACGCCAUGGCGACGCCUAGGCGAGCGCGGCGACGCCAUACGCAUCCAUGGCGCGGCGAGCCCGACGCCCAGCUUCUACAGCCGCCUGGACGCCUAG